GUGUCCCGGAAAACUUGUCAUUUGUUUACAUUCACGACAAGGUCAUUUCCUGUUCCACUUUUCUACUUUCGAUUGAAAGCGAGGCAACUUCCUUUGGACAUCUCACUGGAUAGAAAAUGACUAAAGGUACAUCCAGUUUUGGUAAGAGGCACAACAAGACACACACCCAGUGUCGUCGCUGUGGCCGUCGUGCAUACCACAUUCAGAAGAAAAGAUGCGCUUCCUGCAGCUACCCAAGCUCCUCAAUGAGAUCAUAUAACUGGAGUGAAAAGGCAAAGCGUAGGAGGACCACUGGUACAGGAAGAAUGAGGUACAUGAAGAAAGUCUACAGAAGAUUUAGGAAUGGUUUCCGUGAAGGAACAGCACCCAAACCAAGACGUGUAGGAGCCGCUGCCCCUUCAUCUACUGUUGCUACUAAAUAAGUUAUUUUUCUGUACAGCAAAGAAAAAAAAAUAAAAGGAAAAAAAUCAA